AUGGACAAGCAAGGAGUCCAGCCCUUUAGCAUCAUAACUUCCGACUGCGGUGGUUCGCCCCUCGGUGGGCAGGUUUCCGAGGCAAAGGCUGCCUGCCUGGGCCUCUCGGCCACCCUGGCACAUGCCAGCCGCGUCCGUGUGGGGACGACCCCUCUGGGCCGACCCAACCUCUGUCUGCCCCUCUGUUGCCUCACCGCCUGCCCCUUGCCCGACAUUCCUGGCAACGUCGGAAGCUGUGGGACCUACGGGGAGGGCACCCUGAACGGCCACGAGAAGGUGACCAUGCAGUUCCUGAACGACCGCCUGGCCAACUACCUGGAGAAGGUGCGGCAGCUGGAGCGGGAGAACGCGGAGCUGGAGACCAAGAUCCGAGAGCGGAGCCAGUGCCACGAGACCACCGUGUGCCCCAACUACCAGGGCUACUUCCGGAGCAUUGAGGAGCUCCCGCAGAAGACCCUGUGCAUCAAAUCUGAGAACAGUAGGCGGGUCUCACAAAUCGACAAUGCCCAGCUGGCUGCUGACGACUUCAGGACCAAGUAUCAUCAGGUGGAGCACUCACUCCUCCGGCUGGUGGAGGCCGUGUGUGGCCUGCACAGGGCCAUGGAUGACCUCACACUCGCCAAGGCCGACCUGGAGGCCCAGGUGGAGUCCCAAGAGGAGCUGCUCUGCCUCAAGAAGAACCACGAGCAGGAAGUCCGUACUCUGAAGUGCCAGCUGGGGGACAAGCUGCGGAUUGAGCUGGACACGGAGCCCACCGUGGACCUGAGCAGGGUGCUGGACAACAUGCGGUGCCAGUACGAGGCCAUGGUGGAGACCAACCGCCGAGAUGUGGAGCAGUGGUUCCAAGCGCAGUCGGAAGGCAUCAGCCUGCAGGCCACGUCCUGCUGCGAGGAGCUGCAGUGCUGCCAGUCGGAGAUCCUGGAGCUGAGGUGCACAGUGAACGCCCUGGAGGUGGAGCGCCAAGCCCAGCACCACCUCAAGGACUGUCUGCAGAACUCCCUGUGUGAGUCCGAGGCUCGCUUCGGCACCGAGCUGGCCCAGACGCAGUGCCUGAUCGGCACCGUGGAGGCCCAGCUGGCCGAGAUCCGGGCCGACCUGGAGCGGCAGAACCAGGAGUACCAGGUGCUGCUGGACGUGCGGGCCCGGCUGGAGGGCGAGAUCACCACGUACCGGUACCUCCUGGAGAGCACGGACUGCAAGCUGCCCUGCAAGCCAUGCACCACCCGGCCUCCGGCCGCCUCAGGCCUCCCGUGGGCCCUGCUCAUCACCCCGGUGCUGACCUGUUCCUCCGCCGGAGCCCAUCAUGGACAUCAUCACAUGACCACCACCACGAUGGUCCUUGUCGUCAUCGUCGUCGUCAUCAUCAUCAUCAUCAUCAUCAUCACACUGUAA